CGGUUGAGUUUGUGUUUGUGCGGUGGCUUGUUUCACAAUCAGUGAAACUUCAACUCGUUCCCCAUGACAGAUAUGUAGGAACCGGUGACUAUUUAUUAAAGAUGCCGGCGGUGGCAAAGAGGUCUGCGCCUCUCAGAGGCAAACUAGUCUUCCUCGAUACAAAGGCUCCAGUAUUGAAACUACGGGAGCAGCUGGAGGUGUUAGGUGCUCGAGUGGAAACCUUCUUCAGCAAGGACAUCUGGUGCGUCAUCACCGACAAGCAGGUCGAUGAAGCGAACAAGAGACUCUUGUCUCUAGCGGCUACUUCGACGAAACAACGGACACCAUUCCUGAACCGGACGCAAGUUCUGUUGCAAGCCGCUCAGCAAAAGGAAGCGAGGAAGAAGGCCGAUGAGUCGCAAACGGUCGUGCAAGAAUGCAAACAAUGGGACAUCCCUAUGCUGUCGAUCAGAACGGCUUCGACGAGCGUAUCGAAGUUGAUGAAGAAAUAUCAGCCCGCGAACGAGCCCAGUUCCCUCAAAAGGUCAUCGACGAGCAAUACCCUGCGGAAAGUUGUAAGCGAGUCCCACCUUGGCAAAUCAACGCGACUCGAAGGUCAUGAAAUACUCAAAAUCGAAGACCGGCGCCAACAAUAUAAACCGCUCUACAAAAUAUUCAAGGAAGAUACUUAUCCCAGAGUCAGAGUUAUGCAAACCCCAUCGGGUCGAGGCGUACUCAUCAGUCCGUUUGCUGAAGAAAAAGAUCAGAUAGCUCAGAGAGAGAGCUUAAGCGAGUCCAGGAGAAAUCGAGUUGACACCGCUAAGGCGACAACAACAGUCGAUUCAAGACAAAAGUCGCGCAAAAGGAAUGCGGAGUCGAAACAAGCGGAAUCGAAGUCGAAGUAUUGUGAAAUCUGUCAUGAAUAUUUCUCGAACCUCAGAAGUCAUCUGAGCUCUCCGGGUCAUGUUCGCGCCUCGUCGGAUUCUUCUAGGGACCUACAGAAAUUCAUCGGGGAAUUCCAGAACGAUUUUCUCGAGAACUCUGACAGUUUGACGGGCGGAUCACCAAAGAAUACAAGAACCGUGCUUAGGCUGGAAGUCAGUCCCAGUGUCGAAGUGUGAGACAUCUUCAUGGAGCUUUUUGCCAAAGCAGACUUGAGAAUCGCAAUUCAUAUUUGUUGCUAGGAAUAACGCACGCAUAAUGCUGGACUUUCCGCGUCGCAAGUCAUGCCCGCGGUCGCUUCAGUAUCAAGCUCUUCUGGGCCAGCCGCGGUUGCGUAAACACCUGAGGGGUCCGGAAUCAUCUUAUCACAAAAAGCCGUCGUUAGGUUCACGAGGUGGAAACUGUUACUGAGUGACCGAGGACUCCUGGGCUACCCAGAGAUCGAAGGUUGCGCUUCGUCAAUUUCAGGUCGCUCAAGUUUCGUCUGUGGAAUCGCGAGACAUCAGAUUCAUCAUGUUGUAAAUAUUCAGAGUAACUCAAUAAAAAGAGUUAAUGAU